AUGAUUUGGCCAAGAAGUUUUGUUGUUGAAAUAGAGAAAAAGAAAAGUGGUAUUAUCAGCUUGUUGUUUAAUUGCGGUACAAAGUUGCUGUACUCCACUACCUGUCAUCCCCAGACGGAUGGCCAGACUGAGGUAGUCAAUAGAACUCUAGGUACUUUACUUCGAGCGGUGGUUGGUAAGAAUCUCAAAACCUGGGAGGAUUGUUUGCCUUUUAUUGAAUUUGCUUAUAAUAGGUCUAUACAUUCUUCUAGUGGUUAUAGUCCAUUUGAGCCUGUGAAUGGUUUUAAUCCUUUGAUUGUGCUUGAUUUGUCUCCUUUGCCUUUGAAUGAAAUUGCUAACUUGGAUGCUGAAAAGAAGGCUGAAUUAGUCAGGGAGAUACAUGCUAAGGCCAGGGCUCAUAUAGACAUGAAGAACAAAAGCUAUGCUGAUCGUGCCAACAAGUUAAGAAGAGAAAAGAGCGAUUGGCUAUCGGUAAUUAAAGUAAAAGCUAGACCAGUAGUGGAACUACCUCAAUCUUCUAUAGCUCCUAAUGAAGUGCAUGAUACCGCGUUUCAAGAAGAUGAUAUGGAUGUCCAGCCAUUACAGGUUAAUGAAGAUGAAUUGCUUAGAGCAUUGAAUGAUCUUGAUUGUUCUUAUAUAGAUAUCAAUAUAGUGGAUGAAGCAGAAGAAGAUCCAUUUAUCUAUUCAACAUCAGACGAUAAAGACUCUGAAGAUGAUGAAUGA